UGCCAUUGUGAUGGUUACUGGAUCUUGUUCAGGAAAGUGGCUGUGGUCUGUUCUCAGGUCCACCAGCCACUUGGCAUUGCUUUUAUGUGAUGAAUCCUUCUCCCAUAUGCCUUUCCAGUAUUCCGCAGUCUCCAGCCUUGAUGGGGUCUGCUUUCGUGUUAUUACCCUGCCGUUGUGAGUACACCUUGGAUGGCUCAAUGGAGAACACCCUUUUUAAUUCUCCUGGUUUCAACUUCUCUGGUGUAUUUCUUCGGCCAGGUAGAGAGGGCUGUGAGCCUUUGCUUGGCAGUCUCCAAGGCCUCAGGUGAACUGAAAGAAGGCUAUGUCACAUGGGAGUGUGUGACGGUACAUGUAAGGGUGCGUGUUUCGGCCUCUUGCCCCUGCCCAGUGUUUCUAAACAAGCAUGGCGGGGGGCACAGAAUAUGGCGUCCGGGCAAAGAGGCCAUGGUCAGUGUACCGUGCCAACACAUUCGAGCUGUCUGAUGAGAUGAUUGGGUUGGCACUGGCAGGAAAUAAUCAAGACCCAGAUGAUCCUGUUCUGGAGUUCAGUGUUUCAUGUGCAGACUUGAUCACUCCUUCUUUGGAGAGAAAACCCAACAGCUUUGUAGCAGUGAGCUGCACCACACCACCACAGCCUUUUUGGAUCAAACACACCCAGACUGAAGUUAUAGAGGGCACCAGUAACCCCAUUUUCCACAGCAGUAUUGCUUUCUUCCAGGAAGCCAACAUCAACCAGCAGACGCAGGUGAAACUGUCAGUCUAUGAUGUUAAAGACCGGUCACAGGGCACGAUGUACAUUUUGGGCUCAGCACUUUUUUCUGUGAAAGAAUUGCUGCAGGAGCGAACUCACACAUUGCACCUCGAACUACGAUCAGCAGACAAUGCCCGGGUUGGAAUAAUCACUAUAACAGCAUGGCAGAUGGAGGAGAGAGCAGACUGGAGGAUGGCGAUUGGCCGUAUGCCUGAAAGCACCAGCGGCCGGACUUUGUUGCCUGUUGACGAUAGUCUCACAGAGUCAAUGGGAGCCCGAAUCAAGUAUGCCUCACUUUCCAAAGACAUCCUGCUGAGCUCAGUAUUUGGAGGCACCAUGUCCAAAAUGUAUCGCUUCCCCACGACUGAUGGGAACCACCUGCAGGUGCUGGAGCAGAUGGCUGAGAGCAUCCUGUCUCUCAACAUCCCCAGACAGCUUGUCAAACUACUGCUGGAAGAAGACACAGCCAGGGUGUGUGAGCUAGAGGAAUUAGGGGAGUUAUCCCCCUGCUGGGAGAGUUUGCGGGGGCAAAUUGUCUCUCAAUAUCAAAACAUAAUACCCAAAUACCAGCAAACACUUUCUGAUCUCCAUAACUACAAAGGUCCAUCAUUCAAAGCAAGUAACUUGAAGGCAGAGAGGAAGCUGGAGUUCAUGCCAACCAACCUACACACACAGAGGAUGAGGGUGCAGGAUGAGCUGGGCUUUGAACACACAUAUGAUGUGAUAACAGUUGGAGCACCAGCAGCUCACUGCCAGGGUUUUAAAAACAGCGGUCUGAAGAAACUCAUCCAAAAGUUUGAGGAGGCAAAGAAACACGCAUUUGAGGAGGAAGGCAGUGCCCUGUCCAGCUCACAGUCCAUCGUCUAUAUACCCCAAGACAUUGUCCAAGCCAAAGAGAUCAUCAACCACAUCAACACGCUGAAGACCCAGGUCAGCUACUACUCUGAGAUGCUUUCUCGAGCUGCCAAGGACCGAUCCGCCAGCGGACUGGAGAGGACGCUUGCCAUUCUGGCUGAUAAGACUACGCAGUUGGUGACAGUAUGCGACUGCAAGCUGCUGUCCUCAGCUAUUCAAGCCUUGACUGCAGCACGACCUGAGUACAUUGCUUCCAAAGCAUCUCCUUCUGCAGACUUGGAACAAGUGGUUCUCCGAAAUGACCAGGACACACUACUAGCCAAAUGGAGUGGACGCAACAGCCGUUCCUCACUGCAAGUAGACUGGCAUGAAGAGGAAUGGGAGAAGAUUUGGCUAAAUGUGGAUAAGUCUCUAGAAUGCAUUGUUGAGCGUGUUGACAAACUGCUUAAGAAGGCCCGGGGAUCGAGCAGCAACAGUCAGAAUAGUACCUUAAGUGACCUGCAGGGUGCCAGCAGUAAAAAAGGUGAAAGAAACACAAGAGCUUACUGGAUCAAUCCAGGAAAUAUGUCACAAGAAUCAUCAUUCCAAACAUCUUCAUCAACAUCACCUCCACAGUCAUCAUCACCACCAUGUACCCUCUCCACUGCACGUGCCCUCAGCCCCAAACAACAGUGUAAUGGCGGCCAGAUUGGUGAGGAGACAUACGCAGGCGAGUGGAGUGAGGCACUGUACCCUCUUCUUACCACACUCACGGAAUGCGUUGCUAUGAUGAGCGAUAUGGCCAAAAAGUCCAUGGUGUUCCUCUUGAUGCAGGACAGUGCCCCAACGAUAGCCAUGGACCUGUCAUUGCAGUACCGCCGUGAUGUUGUCUUCUGCCAAACGCUCACUGCUCUCAUCUGCGGCUUCAUUAUAAAGCUGAGGAACUGUAUUCGUGACAACGGUUUCCUCCGACAGCUUUACACCAUUGGCCUCCUCACCCAGUUUGAGUCCCUGCUCAGCACCUAUGGUGAAGAACUGGCCAUGUUGGAGGACAUGACUGUCGGUGUCAUGGACCUGCGUAAUGUCACCUUUAAGGUGACCCAGGCUGCUGGUAGCUCAGCUGUCGAUAUGUUGCCCAUUAUCACUGGAAACCGUGAUGGCUUCAACGUUCGAAUUCCACUACCCGGAACCAUGUUUGAUGCCUUACCACGGGAGAUCCAGAGCGGCAUGCUACUGAGAGUCCAACCAGUGCAUUUCAACGUCGGCAUCAAUGAGCAACAGACGCUGGCUGAGAAGUUUGGAGACACCUCUCUACAGGAGAUCAUUAACGUGGAGAGUCUGUCCAGGCUUAACUCAUACUAUGAACAGUUCAAAGAAGUCCUGCCAGAGGACUGCCUCCCAAAGUCUCGUUCCCAGACUUGUCUCCCUGAGCUGUUGAGGUUUCUGGGGCAGAAUGUUCAUGCAAGGAAAAAUAAAAAUGUGGACAUCCUCUGGCAAGCUGCAGAGAUUUGUCGUCGACUGAAUGGGAUACGUUUCACUAGCUGUAAAAGCGCCAAAGACCGCACAGCCAUGUCAGUCACCCUGGAGCAGUGCCUGAUCCUGCAGCAUGAACACGGCAUGGCACCGCAAGUCUUUACACAGGCCCUCGACUGUAUGCGAAGCAUUGGGACAAGGGAGGGGGUGAUCCAGAAGAACCUGAGUGGGUUGCUGCCCGUGCGUGACUUCCACCUGGAUCCCAGCCUCCUGUACUCUUUGCCCUUGCUGGCUCUCAGUCCCAACCUUCUGAUGGUGUGGAUCUUCCUUACCGUGGCCUAUUUCCUGGCCAAAGUCCGCUGCAGCUGAACAGCCACAAGCAGAUCUCUGUUGGAAUUGACUGACUCAGCUCUUGACUCACACUAGGACCCUGUGUUCCACCCUAACCAAGGGCUUUACAUAACUAAUGCUUCAACAUGUUUGACCACUUUCCGUUAUUUGUUUUCUCUUUUCCCUUUGCGUCUUUGCGGCAAAGAAAGAAAAAUUAGAAGCCUUGAGAAGUAUGUAACUUUGAUUAUUUUGUCUUAAUUUACUGUAUGUACAGUACAUUCCUUAUAUGGUGUUAGACCACCAACUGGGAGACAGUUGUUUAGUUAUGAAUAUGUUAGCCUAAGGUACAUCCCUGCUUAUUUUUUUUGCUCCAAUUGUUUACUUAACAGAUUUGCUUGGUGUCAGCUGGUAGUUGCACCCCUACCCCCCCCCGCCCGCACACACACCCUAAAGCAGAAACUUAACCUGUCCACCAACACAGCAACAUCACACAUAUUUGGGAUUAGCUAAAUAAACCAUUAAAUAAACCAUAAAUCAAGAAGAGUAUAUAUUUUAUAUAUACCCCUCUUGUUAAAGCAAAGCUGUCCAUCACAAUAUGGCAUCCAGCGUAAUAUAUGCCGCUUGUUAAACUGCUGGACAGAACAAAAAAAAAUGAGAUUAAGAUUUAAGCCUGGAUACAACAAAACCAUGUGUUUCAACAAACUGUUCAGAACAAAACACUACAGUGGACUGUACUAUUAUUUCUUCCUGUUAUAACUUACAAUAUGCUGUGAAAUUAUUUAUUUAGUUAACAGUAAUGAGUAAUAUUUAUAAUAAUAAUAAUUCACGUAUUUGUGACUAAAAACAAUCUAUCUGUUAAUCUACCUGUUGUUAUUAUAAAAAAUUACAGUCUAAUUAUUACAAAGCUUAGAGCCUUAUUGGUGAACAAGUCCAGUUUCUCGUAUUCAAAUACAUUUCCUUUUCAAGCUUACACUACUUUGCAGUAAAAGCCUACUCUCAAAGUCGUUUCCUAAUUUACCAUAUUUAUCUGUAAAUAUGUCUAAGAGGAAGCAAAUGCACUGAUGUCAAUGAGAUAAAAUUAAACAUAGCUUCAAUUAUUAUUUUUAACUUGAGACAUUUUGUCAUAUAUGAACCAAACAUAAUGGUCUCAUGAAACACAAUUCACAACAAUGGCUCACAUUACCCAAUAAUACCAAUAAAGUAUCUAUUAACAAAUUUGUUUUAUUUAAUUAAAAGGAGCAAGAUUAAAUAAAGUUUAAGGUUCCAGAUGUUUCUGAAGCCUUAGAAAACACUUUAUUUCCUUUGUGGCAGUGCAGAUAGAAUAUGUAGUCUUAUAAUAUGUAGAAUGUGUGAUUAAACCAGACCUGACUCAUGUACUAUCAAUAAUAUCUAUUUAUAUUGGCUGUAUUGCCCAUCUACUGUUUUUAUUUGACAAAAAUGCUUCCAAAAUAACAACACAGAAGAAUGUGUGGGUGAUUACUGCUUCUCAGAAGCCAUGUGGUUGUUUGAUGAAACAUGACAUUAGACCCUGAAAAAAACUUUUUUACUUUUUAGUGCCGCCCUCUAAUGGACAGCUUGUGCUUCACCAGUUUUCUGCCUUAUUCUUUCUUAUCAGAUCCUGAUCACAAAAAUUAGAUAUUUGAAAGUGUGUAGUGUAUACAUUUUGCUUUCAGGACAUUGUUGAUAGCAGCUAUUGCUGUUAAAAAGAGUAUAUUGCAUUGCACAAGCAUUUGGCUUGUUUUUGUAUCUGUGGAAUGUAUUAAGACUUCUUGCUUUGUCAUUGUCUUCCAUAUGCAUUUGCACUUAACAUUAUAAGCUAACAUAGUGGAAAGUGUUAAUUUGUUGCCACUAUCCAGCAGGUGUGCAUCACAUGUACACAUUUUCCAGGCAACAUUAACUGACUUAGUCUUUUCAAGUCUUCCUGCUUUUGCGGGUAGUUUUUUGCUUUUACUAGAGCUGCAGGGGCUAGAUUGUGUUUCUGGUUAAUUGUGAGCCUUAAUUUAAACAAUUUAAAAAAUAGUAUCUGGAAACCUGGUACUCUUAGAGAUAGAGCUCAAAACAAUAUCCAGACUAAAAUUAUUUGAUUUAAACCUACAGUAGAAGCUGACAUCAUUUAGCAUUAGGAGCCCCCUGUAUCUUUAAUUAAUUUAGCUAGAAGGAUUUUAAAUACAUGCAUACUCUCUAAACUUUCUUUUGCAGCAAAUUGUAGUAGCAACGUUGGGUCGCACUUAAUUUGGCUUGAAUUUAAUUGUUCUAGCAUCCUAACCUUGAAACUUACAUACUUCCCCAGCUUCCACAAACUAUAUACACAAAUAUUGUAUUUAAAUGUAAUUGGGGGAAAAAAUCAAAAGAAAUGUCUCAUUAAGUAAGAAAAAGCACCAGAGAACAGGAGUCACUUGAUAUGUUUACAACUGGCUGCAGUGCAUGCAGGCAACUUCCAAUUUAAAGCAAAUAAAUGCUGAAUAGAAUUAAACAAACAAUGCUUUAGCACAGGAGCGUUGCACAUUUGCACUCAUCACAGCAUUCAAUCUAUAGCAUCCCUGGCCAGCAGCUGUUUUUUGCAGCUUCUAUUGCCAUAUAACCCUAACUCUUCUAUUCUAUUUAUUGGUCAGUUAUAGAUUUGUGUGUGUUAUAAACACAUUUUUAUUAAUUUAGAACUAUUGAAAGCUGUUGAAAGCCAGAUAAGUUGUUUUUUAUGGCUUCAGUUUCCAAAAGUAGUGACUUCUUUUAUGUUUCCUUUUUGAAAUCAUUUGCUCUUACCUGUCUUCAUGGCAAUAGCAACCAGUUCUUCAUUGGACAGAUUAAUUUGUCCCAAUGUGCUGGAUCAAAAAGAGAAUGUCAGUCAUCAAAUAUGUUUUAUAUCUGCUUUUCAGAUUUAAUGCCAAUGCAACAAAGAUAAGCUCUGUCUCAUAAGUUGACAAGGUUUAUUCUUUAGGAGUUAGAAACUGUUUUUUAGGAUGCAGCUUCUAAUUGGUGGAUAUUGGAGUACUUGCACACUGUGGGAUAUUCAGGGAAACGUUUGAUUAUUUAGUGUAGUGCUAUGGUAGCAUAGGUGGCCUGAUAGCUCAGUAGCCAGAGCAUCAGCAUGAGAAUGGGCAUGGCAUCAUGUGUCCUUGAGUAAGACACUUCAUACUAGCUGGGGAAAAUAGUUCUCAAAGGCAGAGAACAAAUCAAGCUGUGGGACUAAGGGAAUUUCCUUUCCACACUGUUUAACACCCAUAGCAUUUACCUACAGUAUGUGGUGACAUGUGCAUUGUAAAGAACAAAACGUUACUAAUUGUAACUAUUAUAAAUAAAUAUUUUAUUUACUAAAGCGACUUAUGUACUGAAGAGUACAGGCUCUGCUUUUAUUCUAUAAGAAUGAGUGAAUGAGCUGAUGGAUAAAUGAAUGCCAGCCUUUUCAUGCUUCCGCCAAAUACUCAGUACGUGAAUCUUAACCACAUCUAGUUUACUUCAUUAUGAACCAAUUAAAAUAAGCUGUGUUUGCAAAUCACCUAAUAUUUGACAUUCUAUUUCCAUUUAUACAAUUCAUUUAUUGUUAUUUUACCCAUAAAGUAUACAAGCAGUUCAAAUUUUCUAAUUAGCGUUUUAUAAUUAUUUGCAAUUAACAUAUGUUGAAACCCACUAAUUGUUUUAUUUGCAUCUUAUCUGAACUCAAAUUUCGUAUAAAGAGAAAAUAUUGUAAGAUGAUAAUCAUUCUAAGCAUCAUCUAAAAACGUUUCCUAAUUUGUGUUACCUGUCUAAUAAAUAGUUAGACUAUGCAGGAUUGGUGAAGCUAUGGAAAAAAGUACCACAGUGGGAAAUAAUCUAGAUGGUUUCUUCUUUUGUGUACAAUAACACAAAAGAGCAACAACAUGUUAUAUUAUAUCACAGAUGUGCUCUUAAUCAUUUAGUAAUUACAGUAUGUUAAGUGUUUUUAGCAUAUGAGAAACAUCUAAUGUAUUAUCUUGUGAAAAAUAUACCGUUUAAAAGCGGUUAUAUGUUCAAAAGCUGUAUUUUAAAAAUCAAUGUUAACCUAUAAAGCAAAAUUAGCACAUCAGUUAUGGGCUUCAUGGCUCCUUGCCAUUAAGAUCAACCCAGUAAGGAAAUGGAUCAGACCAAAAUAGCCUCCACUGGGAGUUGAUCAAGCUCUCAUGGCCCCCUAUAUAUUAAUCACACACACACACACACACACACACACACACACACACACACACACACACACACACACACACACACACACACACACACAAAAAUACCAAAACACAUCAUAAAACACUGGAAAUGUUGAAUAUUUAAGGGUACAAACUACCUCUGUGAUAGCCAGUAUAUUAAAUGAUUAUAUAACUACAUCUGUGAUUAUAUACGGUAUUUUUAUCAUUAAGUGCAGACAUAUGAGGAAUUUGUGUUAUGUCAUGAGAUAGGUGUAUUUUUAAGUAAGUCCAAGUCAUUAAGAUAUCAUUUUCAGUUUCUAUUACAGUUGACUAAUUAUAUUCUUAUUAUAAAGUGCUUCCUAACAUUAUAAUAUUGAUCUGAAAUGGUUUACUGUUGCUAAUAUUGCUUUACCGUUUUUUCCAGAUUUAUCACAGAAUACAUUUGUACGUCUUUGAAUUAGUUACAACAAUUGCAUACAGUUUGAUUAAUUUGCAAAGUGUCAUGCUGGUAUUACUUCUAUUUUACAGCAAAAUAUAUUUACGUGAUGUUGUCAUUGAACAGAUUAUUUUUGAUGUUUAAAAAUGUACAUAAAGUAAAUUUUCAUUUAAAGAAUCAUUAUUAUGUAAAUUCUGGUAUUUUGUAGGAGGUGGUAACUGCUUUAACCGCGCAAGACUUCUUCUGACCCUUUUUUAUUUCCUUGCAAAGAAAAUAUAUCAGUGAAUGGUUGUUGAUCCUUCUCAUUGUAAAGCUGAAUUGUGUCCUUCUUUUCUCCCCUUUCUAUACUUAUAAUAUCUGAACUUAA